AUGGUCCGCAAAUACUGCAAAACCAAGUUCGAUGGCGCCGAACAAAUCGCGGCUGCCACGGCAGACAAGGAGAGGGCCACUCAGAAGGCCGAAGCCCAAUUCCAUGCCCGCCAAGCCCCCUCCAGUCAUGCUAUUGUUACGUUUCACCGAAACAGGAACGGCGAUAUGUUCAAGAUCAUCGUCAACGGCAUGGGGUGGACGGAAGAGCCAGUUCCUGCCGAGAAGCAGGAUUUGGCGUUUGGCCACGUUUGGCUGCCUACUUGGCCGAAAGGGAACGCAGGGCCUUACAACCACUGGUCUGAAUAUGGCCAGAAUCAGUCCGAGUUCAUCCUGGUCAUGGAUGCGGAUAUUGGCUUCAACGAGGUCAAUAUAGGUUUGACUGAAGAGAUGAGAUUCCUCCAGCUUAGGGAGGUCAGACUUUUGGAGAAUCCCCUCGGAAAGUUUUUCGAAGGCGUUGCGUCGACUUCUCUCGAUCCAGCUCGAGAGUACUUCACGAUGGCCCCGGAUGGUAGUAUCCAGGCACAUCCUGCCCCUGCUCCCGCCCCUCAAGAGCAGCCCGGCAACCCCGCUGGAGACUUCGUUGGUCUGAGCGGCGACCAACUCGCGGAGAUCCCGUUGUAUGAGGACGACAUGGGAGUCGAGCCCUCCUCUCUUCCGUCGUCUGGUCCUAGUUUUGGAGGACCCGACUUUUUCUCUGGCAGCGACAAGUCUACCCCUUCGUCGGAACCCCCGACUAACAGCACGUUUGCCGGCGACAUGGCUCCUGGAUGGUACGAGCCGCUACCUACCGCUGCGUUUGACGCCGACAUGGCUGCUAACGGCCUCAGCCCAAUGCCGUUCGAUCCGUAUGCCGGCUUCAUGCCCGCGAAGCCAUGA